AUGAAAUUACAAUUUAAAAUACCAAAAUUAUUAAUAUUAUCAGGUAUAAUAUUAUUGGUUUUAUUUUUAGGUAUUAAAUUAGAUAAUAAUAAUAAUAAUAAUAGGAAACAUGUAAAAAAAGAUAAAAAUAUAUAUUUACGAAAUCAAAUAAUUGAUACAAAAUCAUUUAAAUCAAUUACUAAUAAUGAUAUAAGAGAUAGGAGUAUUAAUAACAAUAAUAUAGAUUAUUCAUAUUUUAAUAGACUGUUAAAAUCAAUUAGUUUAAAUUCAGAUUCAUAUAAAAAUAAUAAUAAAAUUAACAGCAAUAUUAACAAUAAUAAAGAAUUUUUAUAUAAGAAAAAUCAUUAUUUAAUACAAUUUUCAGAUCAUAUUAAUGAUAUUACAAGAAAAGAGUUAUCAGACUUCUUAGUAGUUACUGAUCAUAUUACAAAUGAACAGCCAUAUCCAUCGUCAAUUAUAAAUUAUAUUCCACAGGAUAGUUUUUUAGUUGUAAUGACCUUUGAACAAAGUAGAUCUUUACUCGAUAAGCCAUGGGUAUCUUGGAUAGCCGAAUUCGAAUCAUCAAAUAAAAUUCAUAUCAAGUUUGAUCAAAAAUCAAUUGGUAUUCCAGUGUAUAUUAUAUUGUGUGGUUCAAGUGAUUCAAUAUUAAAUAAUUGGCAAGCAACAUUAACUAAUUUUUUAAAGCCAUUGAAUGCUAAAGUUGAAAUUCAAGCAAUUAACUCAAAGAAAUUCAAGUCUGUUGUUUCAUGCAUCUCUAAUAGUGAUAGCUGUUCUUUAGUUAGCGCCGAGAAAUUAGUAUAUCAAUGGAUUUCUGAACAACCUGAAAGUAACUUUAUGGAAAGAGCUGAAAAGUAUUAUUCUGCAAAUAGAAUUGCACCAACUGUAGUUUUUGCAAAAAAUUCAACAUUGGUACAAAACAAUAAGAUAGAUAUCCCAUUAAGAGGUGCUGGUCAAAUUAUUAGUAUUGCCGACACCGGUUUAGACACUGGCCAUUGCUUUUUCAGUGAUUCAAAUAACGCAAUUCCAUAUAAUACUGUAAAUUUAAAUCAUAGAAAAAUCGUUGCUUAUUAUACCGAUUCCGGAGAUGAUCAAGAUUUCGUCGAUGGUCAUGGUACUCAUGUAUGUGGAUCAGCUGUUGGUUCGCCACAGGAUUCAACAUGGCAAGUUGGUCAAUUUAAUGGUUUAGCAAACGAAUCAAAAUUAGCAUUUUAUGAUCUCUCAAAGGAUUCAACUACCCAGCUAUCUAGUCCUCCAGCUGAUUAUGCCAAAAUGUAUCAAACCCUUUAUGAUGCAGGUGCAAGAGUACAUGGGGAUUCGUGGGGUUCAAUAUCGCCACAAACACCAUUCGGAGAGUAUUCAGAUGGUGCUGCUUCGUUGGAUGAUUUUCUCUAUACCCAUCCUGAUUUCAUCAUUUUAAGAGCCGCAGGUAAUGGAGACCAAUAUGGUGCAUUGUUAUCACAAGCCACUGCCAAAAAUGUUAUUACUGUAGGUGCAGAACAAAGUGCUCAUCAAUCAUAUAUCACAGAUACUUUAGUAUAUUCAAACUAUUUACCAAUAGCAAAUUCUUAUAUUUCACAACUUUGUGCAUUUGACGAUAAGUAUUGUACCUAUACACCACAGCAAUGUUGUGCUGAACAAAAUACAUUGGAAACCCUUAAAAGAUGCUGCCUAGCUUCAAUUCAACUCAGUUAUAAUCAAACAUAUUCAAAUAGUUCAAACUAUGUACUUUUUAACGAAGACAAUAUAAUGAGCUCAUCAUCAAGAGGUCCAACCCAUGAUGGUCGUAUGAAGCCAGAUAUAGUUGCUCCAGGUGAAUAUAUUACAUCUGCUAGAUCAAAUGGGGCUAAUAGUACUCAACAAUGUGGUACUGGUACACUACCAAACACUGAUGCAUUAUUAGCAUUGUCCGGUACAUCAAUGUCAACAUCUUUUGCUACUGCCGCAACUGCUAUUCUUAGACAAUAUCUAACUGAAGGUUAUCACCCAACUGGUAAACCUUCAGAGGAAAAUAAAAUUAAACCAACUGGUUCUUUAUUAAAAGCUUUAAUGAUCAACAAUGCAAAGUUUUUAAAUGGUACAUUUUACUUAUCAUCAUCAGGAUCAUACCAAUCAGUCAGUGGAGGAGGUUCAUUUACAGGUGCUGAUUAUAUCCAGGGUUGGGGAGCUUUAAGAAUGGGAAGUUGGCUUUAUGUAAAUUCUACUGGAAAAGAUGUAAAAAAUAGAUUCGUGGCAAUUGGUGGUUUAAAUGAAACAACUAAAGGGUCUCAAUGGAAAGAAGAGAGUUUAUCAACCGGUUUCAAUACAUCUUAUUGUUUUAAAUACAAACCAAAUGGUAGUGCAGGUUUACCAACUGUAACAGGUACUUUAGUGUGGACCGAUCCAGCAUCUUAUGCAGGUGCAAAGUACAAUUUAGUAAAUAAUUUAGAUCUCUUAGUAAUGAUCUACCAAGAAGGUGUUUCAUCAUCUCUAAUUUCUCUUUCAAAUCUUGGGGGACCUUCAUUUUACGGUCUUUCACCAUUACAAGACUCAAUCAACAAUGUCGAGGGUGUCAUUCACAAUCCAAACGUUUCCACUUCUUACAGAUUUGUAGUUACAGGUACUAAUGUACCAUUGGGCCCACAAAAUUUCUCAUUUGUUUUUAAUGGUGAAAAUGGUGAUUUUGAAUGGGCUGAUCAAUGUCCUGAAUGUGCACCAGGUGAAUUUCAACCAUGUCCUGUUCCAAAUGGUGUCGGUACUAAAUCAUGUGGCGCUAAUAAUCAAUGGACUGUUUGUUUAGUUGCUAGUUGUAAUAACAAUUACAACUAUAACUCAAUUAAAAAGACUUGUGAUGCUUUUCUUUCAUAUAAUUAUAUUAUUAUGAUUGUUGCUGGGGGUACAAUGAUUUUAAUUACAUGCUUAAUCCUUUUGGUAAAAUAUAAAGAACAUAAAGAGGCUAAAACCGACAACUUUAAACGUUUCGAUGAUGGAACCGGUAUUUAUAUUAGACCAAAACCACAAGAUGCCAAAGUAUCAGUAGCAGAUCUUUAUAAUUUACUUUCACCAUUUAUAGUAGAGCUUACAAUUUCAACAGCAUGUUCAUUAGUUGCAACAGCCGCAUCCAUUCUUCAACCUUAUUACAUUGGUCAAAUUAUUAAUGAUAUACCAAAUACAAAGCAUAUUGGUGAUUUCAAGAGUAGUUUUAUUUUAAUUUUUGUUUUGGCUUUAAUAGAGUUUGUCUUUUCAACUAUCAGUUCGUGGAUAUCUGGUAUAGUAAAUGAAAAGAUGGUUAUGAGACUUCAAAAUAAAGUUUUCAGAGCCUUAAUUGCACAAGAUAUGGGAUUCUUCCAAAGAAAUAAUGCAGCCAUUUUAAUGAAUGUACUCAUUGUAGAUACUCCUAUGCUAAGAUCCGCUUUAACUGGUAUUUUAUUAUCGAUAGCAACUGGUAUUUGUAAAUUUGUUGGUAGUUUAAUUUUUAUCUUUACAAUCUCCUGGAAGCUAUCGUUGGUUUUCUUUGCAGCCAUUCCAGUUUUAGCAAUCAUUACACAAAUUCAAGCACAAUUUACUAAAAGGUUAACUAAAACUUUAUUGUUUUAUAAUUCAAAAGCUUCUCAAAAUGGACAAGAGUCAAUGGUAAAUAUGAAUGUUGUAACCAAUUAUUGUAGACAAGAAAAAGAAAUCAUCAAAUAUUCAGGGCAUUUAAUGGAUGUAUUUAUUACUGCCAGAAAACUUAUCGUAAACAACACUUUUGCCUCAUCUGUUAAAUGGUUAUUGGUUGAAAGUUUAGCCUUUGUUAUUCUUUACUAUGGGGCCUAUUUAGCUGUUCAAAAACAAUUUACUGUUGGUCUUUUAAUUUCUUUUUGUCUUUAUAUUGGUUAUGUUAUUGAUUCAGUCUCGUCGCUAUUUGGUGUUUAUGUCAGUUAUGUUCAAUCACAAGCUGCUUCAAAAAGAGUAUUUAUGAUUUUACGUUCUGCACCAAGAAAGAGAACUACAUUAGAAGAGGAAGAAGCUGACAGACAACGUGGUUUAGGUGGUAAUGACGAUGACGAUAAAGGUGAUGAUGAUAAAGGUGAUGGAGGUGAUAAAUUAGAUCAACUUAAAAAAGAGGACCCAAGUAACAGUAAUGUGGAAGAUAUAAAUAAUAACAAUAAUCCAAAUAGUAUUGAAUCAUUAGAUGGUGUUUCAACAAUUGCAGAUAGUACUACAGCUCCAUUAAGUAAAAAAGAAAUUAAAGAACAAAAGAAAAAAGAACAAAAGGAAUUCUUUAAAAGAACUGGUAUCAAUGUUAAUGAAAAUGUAUCUCUAAUUCCAACAAACUAUAUUGAACUACAAGAAUGUAGAGGUGAAAUAGAAUUAUCAAAUAUAUCAUUCAGCUAUCCAACACGUCCAGAUAUUGAAGUUCUUCAUAAUAUAAAUAUGAAAUUCGAAGCUGGUAAAUGCUAUGGUAUUGUAGGUCCAUCGGGUAGUGGUAAAUCAACACUAUUUGAAUUGAUUUCAAGAUUUUAUCAAGUUAAAAAAGGUAAUAUUACAUUGGAUGGUGUAGAUACAUCACUAAUUCGUCCAAGUAGUCUUAGAGGUUUCGUAACAUGUGUUCACCAGAAUGCCCUCUUAUUUGAAGCAACUAUUGGUGAAAAUAUUGGCUAUGCUCUAGAUAACCCAACCCAAGAGGAAAUUAUUGAAGCUUCAAAACUUGCCAAUGCCCAUGAGUUUAUUGAAGAGUUAAAGGAUAAAUAUGAAACCGUUUUAGGAACUGCUGGUAAUACCUUGUCUGGUGGUCAAAAGAAAAGACUUGCAAUAGCCAGAGCUAUUUGUGCCAAAAGAAAGAUUAUGUUAUUAGAUGAAAUCACAGCAGAGUUAGAUCCAGAAAGUGAAGAAGCCAUUACAAAUAGUAUUAAAAAAUUAACUCAAGGGCAUACAGUUAUCAUGGUAGCUCAUAAAGUGGCUGCUGUACGUGAUUGUGACAAAAUCUUUGUUUUGGAAAAAGGUUUCUUAAUUGAAGAAGGUACCCAUGAUGAAUUAAUGGCAGCCAGAGGAAAAUACUUUAGAAUGUUUAGAAAUGAUAAAGAAGAAGAAGAACUUUUAAAUAAUUUAAAUUUACCAUCAACCAAUAAUAUUAAUAAUAACAAUACUUUAGAUAGUAAUAUAGAUAAUAAUAUAGAAAAUGAUAUGGAUAAUAAUAAUAUAGACAAUAAUAUAAAUAAUAAUAAUAGGGAUGAAAAUAAUGAUAAUGACCAAUUAAAUGUUAAUAAUUAA